AUGGCGACAUUUAUUUUCCGUAUUCGUCAGCUCGCCAUCAUCGGUGCCCUGUGUGUUUCGGUGUAUUUUGUGCUGAGCACGUUGAGAAUCGGUUAUGAUGAUGUGUCGAGGUUGGAGCAGAGUCGGGCGGAACGAUAUCAAGAAAUUGAUGAGAUCCCAGUAAAAGUCCGCACCGUCCAUAGUGAUCGAGAUCGUCAUAAAGGAGAAGAUUCAUCAGAAAAACACGCGGAAACAGCUCUACAAAGCCAAAAAUGCAAUAUUCCGAAGCUAGAAAUCAACGGAAGCGAAGUUAUUAAUUUCUUUAAAACCCAUGCUCCACUGGAAUGUCAGAAGAAAAAUUCGAUUGAAGAUAAUUGGGUUUUUAUUAAUGACGAAGCAAUUAUUCGAUUUACGGAGAAACGGGCCAAGGCCAAAUGCAAAAUUCAAUAUUUUUCGAGGGUUGAUGAUAAUAAUAAUAAAUACGAGGAGCCGGUGGAGGUUCUUGACGGCGAUCGCAUGAACGGAAGUGACUACGCGACGAUCUCCUGCAUUCAAGGAUUCCAAAAAUGGAAAUCAAUCCUUUGGGAUGUCAAUGAUGAGCCAGAAAUUCACGAAAGAGCUCGAAAAAUGAGAAAAGAGCAGGCGGAUCCGGAGAAAAAACCUUAUAAUGUCUAUUUUCUGGGCUUCGACUCGCUCUCCCAAAUGUCAUUCCGCCGAAAAUUGCCGCAAACCGUGAAAUUCCUGGAGGAAACGCUCGGAAGUGUUGUGCUAAAUGGAUAUAAUAUUGUUGGAGAUGGUACUCCACAGGCGUUUAUUCCAAUUCUCACAGCACAAACCGAAACAGAACUUCCGUUGACACGAAAAAGAUAUAAAAAUGCGAAUUAUGUCGAUGACGUGUAUCCGUUUAUUUGGAAAAACUAUUCCGAUAAGGGUUACGUCACUAUGUACGCCGAGGAUGCGUUUUCUAUUGGAACAUUCACCUAUCGACUAAAAGGAUUCCGUCAACAACCAACCGAUCAUUACACUCGAACAUUAUUUGAAGAAGUCGAAAAGUUGAAUGAUCGGAAUUGUAUCGGAAGUAUUCCGCUGCAUAGGAUGUGGCUUCAAAACGGGCGUCAAUUCAUGAAAAAGUACGAAGAUGUGCCACGUUUCCUUCUAAUGCACCAAUCCCUUCUCUCUCAUGAUGAUAUUAAUUUAGUCGGCGUUGAAGACGAAGAUCUCUCGGCUCAUCUAAGCCAUAUGAAUGAUGAAGGACUAUUCGAUGAUUCUGUAGUAAUUGUGAUGGCUGAUCAUGGACAUCGUUUCGCAAAACUUCGAGAUACUCAUCAGGGACAACUCGAAGAACGAAUGCCAUUUUUCUCGAUUUCUCUUCCAAAACAGCUCAGAAACACUGAAAAAGGACGGAAAAUGGAGCAAAAUUUGAGGGAAAACGCUGAGAAACUGACGAGUCCCUUCGAUAUUCACGCUAGUUUGAUGGAUAUUCUGAAUUUAUCGGAACUCGGUGAAAAUGAGCUCAAUCGAAUGCAAGAUGCCUCUUCGAAACGAUCGCUAUCUGUGUUUAAACCGAUUCCCGUUGAUCGAACGUGCUCUCAAGCGGGUAUUGAACCUCAUUGGUGUACUUGUUUAUCAUGGAAAGAUGCUAUGGAUACUGGCGAAGAUCGGAAGUUGACUAGAAGAAUCGCAAAUGCCGUUGUUCGUGAGAUUAACAAGGAAAUUGUGGCGGAAAAGGAUCUGUGUGCUCCAUUGAGUCUCGCAAAGAUUAUCGACGCGAAAAAACUUCUCCCCGACAAAGGCCUACUCGCCUACAAAAACGUGAAAGAUGCCGAUGGUUUUGUGCCUGACCUCUCAGGUUCCACGAAAGCCGCAUUCGCUCAUUAUCAACUGAAGCUGCAGACAACUCCCGGAGAAGCGAUCUACGAAGUUACCCUGUUCUACGAUAUUGUACGAGAUGAGGUGAAGCUGGAUUUUGGAUCAAUGAGCCACGUGAACAAGUUUGGCGACACUCCGCAUUGUAUUAUCGACAAAAAUUAUUAUCUCGCGACGUUUUGUGUGUGUUAUGAUCGUGUUUGAUGAUGCCUUAUUUUCUAAAUUAUUUUAUUUUUUUCCUUUUUUUUCCGUUUUUUUCCCUACAGGUUUCCGGUGUACUUAUAACAUAAUACACUUCUCCUCACCCAUUCUUGUACAAUUUCUCGCUCUGUUCUUAUACAUUUCCCCCACAGAUCAGGUGCUUUUCUUUGUAUUUGCCUUUGAUUGCCUAUUCAUUUUAAAACAAAAGAUUUUUAUUGGAAAU